GCUUGAAUUUACUGUUUCGUUUGAAAAAAAGUUAAAAAUGAAAAGUUUAUACUGUUGCGGAGGUACAGUUAUUAAUAAAGUAAGAAUGACUGAAAGAAUUAAAGCAGUUUUAUCUAGAAAUGUGUUUCUUGAAAUUUAGUUUUUGCAAUUUUUAAGAUCCUAAAAAAUAUUUUUUAUGCUCCUACAAAUAAGUUUUAAUGCAUAUAUCUGAUGUACACAGUAACAAAAAAAACGAGGGAACUUAUUCUAACAAUAUUGUUGUCCAUUUAUAACGAUGCAUUUUUUUAAAAGUUUCUGUUGAAUGUUUGUAGUAAAUAGAAAUUAGUUGCAAAUAGUUAGAAUCUAAUUUUAACAUGGAUGGCCCAAGAAACAUGACUGGAUUAUACCUUGGAGGGUUUAUCCAAGAAGGUUACCUUCCACCCCGAGAACGUAAAUCUACAAUCCCUUCAACAUUAUAUAGAGGACAUGUCGUUAAAUUGGCCAGAGCUCCAAACUCCAACCCACACAGGAGCUCUGUAGGCCGAUACCCAAUGCAUAGUUUGAACUCUGGUUUUGCUGGCUCACAAGUUCCUAUCAAAGACCAAAUGAACUUUAAAUUCCCAAGAGAUCUUCAAAGAUACAAGAAAUAUAAAGCGAGGGGAAAAUGGUGCAACCAUCCAAUGUCCAUUGAGAUACGAAAAGUUGCCGGGGCUGGUACAUCUGGCAGUUACCUUGCUGAAUGCAUUCUAAGGGAGGGUAGCAAGUCAGCUCAUCGUAACUCUGCAAAAGCAAAUCACUUUGUUGUGUCGCAAACCCCAAAUGCAACAACGAGCAAUAUAUACGGGGUAUCAGCCUCCCCUGCGUUUCGCGACAAGGAUGAAGAGAAGUUUUAUCAAUCAAUGUACGAUGAGAUUCAUCAAGUUGUGUCUGGCCAACAACAUUCAAUGCAACAUAAUCAACAUAAACUUCAACGGAUUCUCCUCAACCAGUUGGAUCUCGGGUUAAGACCAGACGUUUCAUCAUUUUGUUGCACGACACCAAUCAACUUAACCUCAUCCACCAGAGUAUCGCCCGCGCAUCAGAAAAGAGUAUCCACUUCAUAUGGUUUCCCUGUAAGACAUACGCCAUCCACACCAAUAAGAAGGCCUCACACAACGGCUGCUGCUCCAAUCAAAGAAACCAAAUCCCUUCUCCUACCUGUUCCCUUUGUAUCUUCGCACCCCAUAGCCGUCCCCCAACCCCGCCCCUAGACCCCAGGAACCAAUUCGUUUUGAUCCUGUAAGUCCAUGGAGAUCGCAACUAAGGAGUCUUACUCCUUAUAUGAUGAGAGCUAAAGCAG